AUGGCGGCCCCUGUAGAUCAAUCCAAUAGUGGAUCUUCUGGGGAAACAGUUGGCAUUUCAUAUGCAGACGCUGUCAUUAAUUUUAGAAAUAAUGGUGAAAAUAAUAAAGAAAAUAUUAAUUCAACCAUUCAACCCAAAAUUGUUAAGGAAAAAACAGUAAAGGCUCAACAAACGGGUUCUUCCAAUCGUGCCAAUAAGCAACCGGCGUUUGCAACCAAUAAGGCCUGGAAGCAAGAUGAUUUUCCUCAAAUUAACUCUAGACCGAAUCGUUUUAAACAAGGUGACCGUGACAAAAAACAAAUUAAUCAAAAUCAGAAUGAUAAUGAAAUCACCAAUAUAGGAACUAGUGAGAAAAGUAAAGGAAGUGCCAAAGCAAAACCUAGUGAAGCAUCCUCACCACCAACUGUAGAAAAGAUAAAGUAUAUUGAAGCUCCACUGCCAAAAGUUAACCCCUGGACAAUAAAAAGAAAUUCAAUAAAUUCCAUUCCAAGUGCUCCAUUAUCUACAGUUAUUUCCAAUAAAUCUGAGAAGGAUAAUGAUAUGUUUGCCACAAGUCAAAUAGAAGAUAAAGACAGGAAUAGAGGAAAUGAAAGUGUCACUGCAUAA